GUUGUCAGAGUACUUGCACACUGACAGCAUGUUGUUGGUAGUUAAUGUGUUAUUAGGCAUUAUUAUACAAGUAUGCAACAAUGGAUGUCUGUCGUGAAUUAAAGUAAUAACUUUGUCAGUUAUCUUCCCGGAAGUAUCGCUCUCUGCUCGCUGUCACUGAUGUGUUCGGAGGCAAGCGGUCGAGGUGACUUUGUGAAACCGUCGUUAGCUACUUAACUUCAGUCACAGCUAACGUAAAUACCGUCUGUACGUUGAAUGUCACAAUGUUGGCGACGUUGUCCAGAGUCAAAAGCCCUCGGUGGCUUUCUCCGGACAUACUCUUAGGAUACAUGUUAGGACAGGAGGUCAGAAGAAACGAGCUGCGCUUGUUCAGUCACAGGUGUUCUCCGGUAUCACCAGCGUGGAGACAGAAAGUCACCGGUGGUGUCAGAGAUGUCAGCACCUCCUGUUCUCUGUGCGCUAAGGUCCGAGGAGGAAAGAAGAGAGAGAUGUCUGAGAAGAAGCUGACCCGUCACUUUGUAGACCAUCGCCGUGUGAAGCUGACGGCCGGAUCAGGCGGCAGAGGGGCCUGCAGCUUUCACAGUGAGCCGCGAAAAGAGUGGGGUGGACCAGAUGGAGGGAAUGGAGGUGAUGGAGGAAGCAUCAUUAUCAAGGCUGACAAGUUUGUUAAAUCAUUGGCACAAGUACUUCCUGUUUACAAGGGAGAGGAUGGACAGUCAGGGAGCAACAAGAACUGUUACGGCAGGAAUGGCAGCCCUUCAUACAUUACUGUACCAUUAGGCACCGUGGUGAAGGAACAAGGAAAGACAGUAGUGGACCUCUCUGAGCAUGGCCAGGAGUAUCUGGCUGUGUUUGGAGGGGCUGGUGGGAAGGGGAAUCGAUUCUUUCUGUCCAAUGAGAACCGUGCCCCAACGACAGCAACCCCGGGGAUGGCGGGCCAGGAGAGGGUCCUUCACCUAGAGCUCCGCACCAUGGCCCACGCUGGACUGGUGGGGUUUCCUAAUGCUGGGAAAUCAUCACUGCUGAGAGCCAUCUCCAAUGCCCGGCCUGCUGUGGCUGCCUAUCCUUUUACAACACUCAACCCACAUGUAGGAAUUGUCAGUUACAGGGACCAUGAGCAAGUUGCAGUUGCUGACAUCCCAGGCAUCAUUCGAGGAGCCCAUCUCAACCGGGGCCUUGGCAUCUCUUUUUUGCGUCACAUAGAGCGCUGUCGUUUCCUCCUCUAUGUCCUGGACCUGUCGGCUGCGGAGCCCUGGACCCAGCUCCAGCACUUGCGUUAUGAACUGGACCAGUAUGAACCCGGUCUGUCUGAGCGGCCUCGGGCCAUCAUAGCCAACAAGAUGGAUCUACCCGAGGCCCGGGAGAAGCUAGAGACUCUAAAAAGCCAUGUCACUGAGCGGGUCAUCCCUGUGUCGGCUCUCACGGGACAGAACACAGAGGAGCUCAUCCUCCACCUUAGAGAACUGUAUGAUGGCUACCUGCAAGGAGGAGGGAGCGGGGAGAGCAAACCAACAAGGUGGUAGUAAAAACUGUUUCCUCCUGCUCUACUGAUAUGACAUAAAUUUAUACCGGUAGAAAAAGAGUGUAUUUAGAUUGUUUAAUAAAUAUAAAAUGAAUCAAAAUUAUGUGUGUGUAUUUAUAACUUGCAGCAUAUUGCUCCAUACACUGAAAUAUUUUUGGGAUAUCUUUAAAACAUUGAAUAAAGACUCUAACAGCUUUAUUCUCUGUUUUAAUGUGUUUUGAUUCGUGUGGUUUUGUGUUGAAACCACAGCUGCUGCUGCUUGGUAAUAAGAGUAAACAUAGUCCCCAAAUGAACCAGCAGAGGGCAUGUGUCUCAUCAUUUUGAAUAAUUUACAUUUCUGAUUUGGUCUCUCUGUGAAUAAAGCUUGAUAGAGUCAAGACAAUGACUUUGGUGGGCAGCUGCUGCCGCUCUUAACUUGAUUUCCAGCCUACACAAGCACAAUGACACAGAUGUGUAUUUGAUUUGCCAGCAGCCCUUAACUGAUGUAUGUUGAACAGUGAUGAUGCUACUGGUGUAUUGUAUCUGAGCAGGUCUAAUUUGUUAUAAAAAGAACCACAUAGGGCAUUGAUACUUUUGUAUUUUGAUGCUGUACUCUGCAGUAAUCCUGCACUCAGAUAAAUGGCAGAUUAAAAGAGAGGAGUAAGAGCCAUUCUGAGUGUAAACCAUAUAAAGGAAGUGCUCACCCUUUAAACAAUUGUUAAGGAAGGUAAAUGAAUAGAGACACUGGAGAAUAAAUGGCCUGAACUCUGGUACAGUUAUUUUUGAGACGUAAAAACACGUGGUGUCUUGCUCUUUUUAACGAUGGCCUAUAGUUUGUCAGCCUCCUCCUCUGGGGCUGAUGUUCUGGAGUCUGCAGUGUCACAUAUCCUCUGUUCGUGGACCUUACAUGACUGCUUUCUUUACGCCUAUAACUUGCAGGGGCAGCCAACAGGAUGCCAUCACUACUUCAGAGAGUUUCUCUGGCAUCAUGUGUAUAAUUUUGUUGAGCUUGUCUUUGGUGGUGUGGCUCUCUCCCUCUCUCCACAGCCCAGCAUGUGAGAGAAAUGGUGAGGAAAGUGUGAAAUGGGCCAGAAUCCUGUGCGACUAUUUUCAAAAGUGUGCACUGUCAUAUGGAAGAGAUAUUUGUGUACUAAUUUGUAAAAUGCAUAAAAGAAAGUUAUCACCUCUAUUAUUAAUUUCAGUUGUCAGAUUGUGCAUCAUGUAGAAAAAGCAGUUUUUUUUAAGAAUAAUUUACAAAACAACAAUCAAUUCUUACUCCAGAAUUUUUCAGCUGAAAACUUUCUAUAAAGUUAUUGCUACUAGAAAACAACUUCAUAUGUUUAAUAUUGAAAAAUCAUCACUAUGUAGAUUCUGCAGUGAGGAAGAGGAAAACCCGCUGCAUUUGUUUUUCUACUGC